UUCUGCUCUCGAUGGUUAGUGGUGGAGGCGCGGCAGAAUCCCCCGGACCAGAUUGCAGUUGGCGAAUAUUCUCAACUUGAUUGCUUACUAUCUGACUCGUGCCUUGUGAGUAAUGCAACAGAGGACUCGUGCGGCCAAGUCUCUCAGGGCACGAGUGUGUGAGAGAACACUAGUGUGGAGUCUUUGGAUUGCAGCUGAUUGGCGAAUAAAAGAGCUUCCCCCGCGACGACUCCGUGGAGCGGUUCAUCCCUUUUUCCUGGAGACCGCAGACGUCACAACAGAGCCAACGGUAAGAGUUGUUAUUCUUCCUUUUCAUUUCUGUUGUCACUCUCGCUUUGAAAAUGUGGUUUUGGCACCACGUUGUAAUGACAAGAGAUCACCACCAGAGGGGGGCAGAGUGUUUCUCUGUGAGACGCCGAGGUACCCGAGGCAGCGCGAGCGCGGCACAAUUAAUCUGAACGUCAGCACCGCCAGGGGAAACCUUUAUUUCCAUGUUUACACGAGCAGGUGGACAUGUGGAGCGUGUUGGAGUCGUGUUGAGCGGCGGCCACGUCGGUUGUCAUCGGGGAGGAACUCCCUGCCUGUUGGAGACGUCCGAUACUCUGAGAAGGAAUUAGACAGGCGGAGGGUUCGAUUCUGCCCUCCUUCCCUCCCGUGUUAAUUCACAUCUCUCGUCUCUCCCCUUUGCUAGUCCCCUCCUUCUUUUUCUUUUCUUUUUUCUCCACACACGACUCCAUCGCCUCCCCUCGCCGACUACUGAUAGGGCAGACAUGGAGUCAACGGAGGAGGAGGAGGAGGAGGAGGAGGGAGGCAAAGAGAAUUGGGAUACACAGCAGGGACUGAAGUAGAAACAAAGAGACGCUGCAGGUGUGUGUGCGUCAUUGGAGCGGCAGUGUGAAGGACAGGUAGACCAUGUGCUCGCAGAUCCCCAGCAGCUGAGCUCGUCUCGGGCUCCGGGUCGUCGGCCCGUACGGCGCUCUUCUUUCGAUUUCUACAUUUCCUUCUGGUGCCGGCGUAAGUGGCGGCCGCGGCGCCAUGGACCUGCUCACCAACGGCGUGCAGAAUCUGGGCUCCUACUACUGCCUGAUCCGACGCAGGUUCAAGAGGAGGCGCAAGAAACGCUCGGAACGCAAAGGUGCAGCGGGGGCGAGGCUGCUCUCAGGUCCGAACAAACCCGCGGCCAUGGAUGUGGACGAGGAGGAGAAUAUGAGUUCGAGCAGCACCGAUGUUAAGGAAAACCGAAACCUGGACAACGUGUCCUGCAAAGACGGGAUGGGAGUGGCCGAACCGCUCCCCAAUGGAAGCGGCCUGGGCAGUCGAAAGCGCCCCUUAGAAGAGGGGAGCAAUGGGCUCACGCACUCCAAGUUCCGCGCCAAGAAGCGCAAGAAAACGCCGGGUCCUGUACUGCCCAAGAACGCCCUGAUGCAGUUGAACGAAAUCAAACCGGGUCUGCAGUACAAACUGCUGUCUCAGACGGGACCGGUCCACGCGCCGGUUUUUAGCAUGACCGUGGAGGUCAACGGGCAGAUGUUCGAGGGCAUGGGCCCGACGAAGAAGAAGGCCAAACUAAGCGCGGCGGAGAAGGCGCUGCGCUCCUUCGUCCAGUUCCCCAACGCCUCCGAGGCGCACCUGGCCAUGGGUCGGACGCUGACGGUGAACACGGACUUUACAUCCGACCAAGCCGACUUCCCCGACACGCUCUUCAACGGCUUCGAGACCCCGGCCGCGCCCGAAGAGUCCUUCUUUCUCGGCUCCAACGGCAGCGGCUCCUUAAACUCACUCGGGGAGUUCCCGCUGCCCACGCCGCCGGGCAGCAACCUCGUCCAGGCCCCGCUGCCCCCUCCGUCGACGUUCAGCUCCCCGUCCAGCGGCAAAAACCCUGUCAUGAUCCUCAAUGAGCUCAGGCCAGGUCUCAAGUACGACUUUGUCUCGGAGAGCGGCGAGAGCCACGCAAAGAAUUUUGCAAUGUCGGUAACGGUGGACGCACAGACGUUCGAAGGCUCAGGGCGCAACAAGAAGCUGGCUAAAUCCCGGGCGGCCCAGGCGGCGCUCUCGGGUCUCUUCAACAUGCAGCUAGACCAGACUCCAUCCCGGCAGCCCAUACCAAGAGAGGGAUUGCAGCUCCACCUCCCCCAGGUUCUGGCAGAUGCAGUGUCUCGCCUGGUGGUGGAUAAGUUCAGUGAGCUGACAGAAAACUUCACCUCCCCCCAUGCACGACGGAAAGUCCUGGCAGGAGUCGUCAUGACAACGGGGGUAGAUGUGAAGGAGGCCCAGGUCAUUUGUGUCUCCACGGGAACCAAAUGCAUCAACGGCGAGUACAUGAGCGACCGCGGCCUGGCUCUCAACGACUGCCACGCCGAGAUCAUCGCCCGGCGCUCGCUCAUCAGGUACCUCUACACCCAGCUGGAGUUCUUCCUCAGCAAGGAGGACCAGCAGAAGUCGAUAUUCGUGCCGUGCGACAAGGGCGGCUACAGGUUAAAGGACAACGUGCAGUUCCACCUCUACAUCAGCACCUCGCCCUGCGGAGACGCCCGGAUCUUCUCCCCGCACGAGGCCAGCAUCGAAGACCAAGGAGACAGACAUCCCAACCGGAAAGCACGGGGCCAGCUGAGGACCAAAAUCGAGUCUGGGGAGGGCACCAUCCCCGUGAGGUCCAGCAACACCAUCCAGACCUGGGACGGGGUGCUACAGGGGGAGAGGCUACUCACCAUGUCCUGCAGCGACAAGAUCGCAAGGUGGAACGUGGUGGGCAUCCAGGGCUCUUUGAUGAGCUACUUCACGGAGCCGAUCUACUUCUCCAGCAUCAUCCUCGGCAGCCUUUACCACGGCGACCACCUCUCCAGGGCCAUGUACCAGCGCAUCGCGGAGAUCGAGGACUUGCCCCAGCAGUUCGCUCUCAACAGGCCUCUCCUCAGCGGUAUAAGCAACGCCGAGGCCCGGCAGCCGGGCAAGGCCCCCAACUUCAGCGUGAACUGGACGGUGGGGGACCAGUCCCUGGAGGUGAUCAACGCCACCACGGGCAAGGACGACAUGGGCCGCGCUUCACGCCUCUGCAAGCACGCCCUCUACAGCCGCUGGCUGCGCCUCCACGCCAAGCUGUCCUCCAUCUUGUGGAUCAAGGUGCUGAAGCCCAGCUCCUACCAUGACGCCAAGCAGGUGGCCACGGAGUACCACGCCGCCAAGCUGGCGCUCAUCAAGGCCUUCCACAAGGCCGGCCUGGGGGCCUGGGUCAAGAAGCCCAGCGAGCAAGACCAGUUCACCAUCUGCUCCUGAGGGAGUCACAGGAUUCCCCAAAGCACACACACACACACACACACACACACACACUCUCCUCCCCUCCAUGGCCUGAAAGCAAGAGCGCCCCCUAUUCAGAACCAGCCCGCCGACACGGGGGACGGAGGCCGCCGUGUCGGCGCCGUGGCAACGAGCGCCCGCAGCUCGUCGCUCUCAUUCCUCGGAGGCUCUCGGCCUCUUCCCCCCCCCCCCCCAUCGUUUUGAUUGGUGUCCUUUUUUUUCCUCCCGUUGUUUUGGUUUUAUUGUUGUUUUUUCAUCCGUUUUUUUUAUUUCUUUUGUUUAAAAAAAAUGGAAUCCAUGCUUUUCGUGGCGUCGAGGUGGAAUUUGAAAAUUAAUGCAGUUUUUAUCUAUUUUAUGGAUCGCGUGUAGCCAUUUAAAGGUGAAAUGUAGCCUAGAAACGCAGGAACAAAAUAUGGACUUGGUGGGGGGGUAAUUUUUUAUUUUUUUAAGAAUGACUUUGAAGAAGUUAUUUAAAAGACGCGUUCGUGUUCAGGAUGUAAAUCUAGUGGUGAAACGGAACAGAAUGUAAAGUGUUUCCGCUGCGUGAUCUCCAGACGCUGCAUUAAAGACGAAACCGUUCCCAACGUGGCGUGGCCCUGUUUGAUUCCCUGGUCGUCAUGACGCAGGCCAGCUGGUCACAGCAGUGACGCCACUUUUGAUCCCGUUCCUUUUUUUUCUUUUUUCAUGUCCUGUACGUUGUUUUUUUACGUCACUCUCAUUUCAUACUUGAACAGUGAAGGUGGGAAAGGGGGUCGUGAGGGGGGGGCGGGGUCACCGCCACCCCCCUCCCUCCGACUCCUCCCCCCUCGCCUGGGUCUCUGGAUGAGCUUUGGGAGGUGCUGCACGUUGUAUUUUAUUAAAUCUCUCCUUGAUCCAAGCCCCGGCUUUGCAUGGGAACUGAACUUGGAGGCCUACGAGCAGAAAAAAAAGAAGAAGAAGAAAACGAAAAGCGCGCGCGGUGGCGAGCCCCGUGCGCCCGUCGGUGAAUGAUUUCUGAAUGAUUGCCAGCAUCUUCCUCCACAGGCAGCUUUGAAUCUUUGUCUCUCUAUUUUCUAAAUGUAUCGGGAUUGUUUGUUUGAAAGGUGGGAGGUGAUUGUUUGUUUGUUUGUUUGUUUGUUUGUUUGUCUUAAGAUUGGGCAUUUAAGGAUGUGGGACUUUACUGCAGUGAACCUAAUGUCAGGCAGACCUCUAAGAUCUGGUAACCGUCUCCGCUGAAACCUCCGCCUGCGGGUCACGAGCAAAAUGUGUCGCGGUGUGUGUGAUGUCACUUCCUGUCUUCUACAUAUACAGCAACACCUCUGUGAUCUCACCUUUAUGCCGUGUGUGUGUGUGUGUGUGUGUGUGUGUGUGUGUGUGUGUGUGUGUGUGUGUGUGUGUGUGUGUGUGUGUGUGUGUGUGUGUGUGUGUGUGUGUGUGUGUGUGUGUGUGUGUGUGUGUGUGUGUGUGUGUGUGUGUGUGUGUGUGUGUGUGUGUGUGUGCUCAGACGUCUCUAAGCAUACUCUGUGGAUCCUCCACCAAAGAUGAUGUCCAUGUGUGUUUCCGCCCCACUAUUCUUGCUUUUUUUUCUUCUCUUUUUUAAAAAACAACCCUUUACUGUUUGGGUUUUUGUAUAUUCAUGAAUAAUGUACUUUUGAUUGCUGUGGGGGGGGGGAGGGGGGGAAACCACUUUAUUCCAUCAACAUGGGGAGGGGGGGGUUCUCCCCCAGUGCAUCUGUAGCCGUCAGUGUGUCACCGCCUCUCUGUAAAUAAGGAAGGAAAACAACACUCCAUCCCGCCCUAGAACCCCGUCGGGACUCUUCCCCUGAAGAUGUUGAUGUUCCCGUACGUAGUCGUGGUUCUCCGUGGCUCGCCGGGCACCACGAUGCACGGCAUUGACACUGCCGCGGUGCAAACGGGCUUCAUCCCCCAUUGUAGCCGCCAAUGUUUGAGAAAAAAAACAGAAGAAAAAACGAGAGAAAAAAGAUGAAAGAGAAAGAAGAAAAACCAGAAAAAUAAAUAUGCACUGUCAGGUGCCUCAGCUAAAAGUGGCAUCCACAAGCUGGCACGUGUGAUGUCAUACAUGUACUGUGUUUGUUUGUUUUACUUCUAUUUGAUUGUUUUAUGAGUCGUAUUAGAAAAGCAGGAAAGGGGAACCCACCAGAGCGGAUUUGAAGAGAGAAACUCACGGGGAAACGGUGAGAUCCGGAGCCCCGCCCCCUGAGGAAAUAGACCGAGACCAAAGUCACAAGAAGUACUCCUUUAAAAAAAAAAAAAAACGUCACGAAAAGGAGUCUGCCCCCCCCCCCCCUGUCUUUGUUCUAUCCUCUCUGCAAAGAGUUUUAUUUUUAUUUUUGUACAAGCCCCUUAACGACUGCCUGCUUCUAAAGUUGUUGUUUUUUGUUUUGUUUGUUUGACUGCACUAAAGAUGUCAACUGAUGAUGUCAUGAUAAACACCGUCCCCGUUUAUGGAUCGGAUGGCGACUAUCACAGCAAGAACUGAACUGCUUCCGCUUUCCCCUUUUGUGAAUCCUCGAUGAUGGUUAGUGCCCCCUCUUCCUCUUCCUCCUCCUCCUCCUCCUCCUGCAGCUGUGCCUGUAGUGGAACUCUUUUAUUUAAUUACUAUGUUCCAGAGUGGUCGGUGCUCGUCCACUCGGAGGGGGAAGUGUGUGGGGGGGGUGGUCCCACGUUCUCCCUCCAGUGUUCCGACGUGUGGAAAAACCUCCACCGACAGAACUCCACGACCCUGCAUGUACGACCAACACCGAAGCUGCACCCAGCAUGAAGACAAACUUUUAAAGGACUCGAGUAGACAACAACAACAACAACAUUUUUUUUAAAAGGCUAAACAUAGAUCUAUAAAAUGAACCCCCAAAAAAAAAAAGAAUAAAAGAGUUCCUAGUUUACUUUU